CUGACCGCCGCGGACAUAUUGUUUUAAAAAAAACAAUAUUUAUAUUCUGUGCGCGAAGAGGCGCGAAUUUCGAUUUGCGCGCCGAAAACUAUAUGACAUUUUUACUGCAUGUUUUUAUUCUUUUUACAUGAAAAGUGAAUUCUUAUGAGUGAUUAUUGAGAAAUUAUGUGACUGAGUUUGUUAUGAAGUUUUUAACGUUGUAAUAUAUACAUUACUAACGUUAAAUAGUCAGAGGCUAUUGAACUUUUAAAUAAUAUAAGAUUUGAAUAAACAAUAUUUGUAAUCUGGAAUGUCGACUGAUAGAACCUUCUAUGGAUAGGCAGUGCAAUUAAAAUCGUAUUACACCGAUUAGUCGUAAAAACGUCAGUAUACCCUUUACCUCAGACUGCAGUGAGUUGUGCAAAAUGAAGGAUUUAUCUCAGAUAUGGAACAAGUUUGCUGGCAAGCAGUACGCGACAGUGAAUACUGCUGAAAAGGAAUUAAGGGACCUGUCACACAACAGGCUAAAGAGGGCGGACAUCGAUGCGUCUAAUUUUGAACAGAAUUAUUCAGAGUGCGAGGGACUAAAUAAGUUUACGGAGGAGUUUGACUUUGGUGAUAAAAAGGAUGCGAUAAUCAACAGAUUAUUUGAAAGGCGAAAAAAGGGACAAAUUGCCAGACAGCCUAAAUGUCUGUUCCUGUUCUUGAUGCUUGGCUUCUUCUCGCUGGGGGCGGCGUGUUUCAUCUUGUUCCUGCGACCUUACGACUUCUUCUUCAGUCAAAAAGCUAUCCUGGAGGAAGGUGGGGAGAUCUUCGAGAUGUGGCGCAAGCCGGAGGUGAAGCUGUACUGCCGCGUGUACUUGUUCAACGUGACCAACGCGGAGGAAUACAUGGCGGGGAAAGAUGACAAGCUCAAACUGCAGGAAGUCGGUCCCUACGUCUACAGAGAGCGCCUCGAGCACGAGGUGCUGCAGUUCAACGCGAACGGCACGCUGUCCGCCGUCCCCAAGCACCCGCUGUCCUGGGAGGAGGAGCUGUCGGAGGGCAACAAGGAGGACGACAUCGUGUACAUGCCGCACAUCGCGCUGCUGAGCAUAGCCAACGUGGUGUCAAAGCAGAGUUUCAUGACUCGUUUCGGUCUCAACAACCUGAUAGCUCUGACGAAGACGCGGCCGCUGGCGCGCAUGACCGCGCGCGAGUUCAUGAUGGGCUACAGCUCCAAGCUCAUGACCCUCGGGAACACCUUCAUGCCGGGCUGGAUAUACUUCGACAAGCUGGGCCUCAUUGAUCGGAUGUACGACUUCGAGGGCGACUACGAGACGGUGUACACGGGCGCGGAUGACGUCACUCGGUCGGGGCUGAUCGCGACGUACCGCGGCGCGGCGCGCCUGCCGCAGUGGCGCGGCGAGCACUGCGCCGGCGUGCGCGGCGCCUCCGACGGCACCAAGUUCCAGAGCGGCGUCUCCGCCAACCAGACCAUCCUCUUCUACAGGAAGAGUCUCUGCCGCGCCGCGCCGCUGAUCCCCGUCGCGGAGGGCACGAAGGGCGGGCUCAAGGGCUACAUGUACACGUUCCCCGAGCACAUGCUCGACAACGGCAAGAACAUCGAGGAAAACAAAUGUUUCUGUAGAAAUGGCAAGUGUCUGCCGGAGGGCCUCAUCGACGUGACAGACUGCUACUACGGCUUCCCCAUCGCCCUCUCCUACCCCCACUUCUACAAGGGGGACGACAUCCUCUUCAGCAAAGUGGAGGGACUCACGCCCAAUAAGGAAGACCAUGAAACUAGGUUCUGGAUCCAGCCGGACUCCGGCCUUCCUCUGGACGUGAGCUCCAAGUUCCAGAUCAACAUGGCGCUCGGCGACAUCUCCAUGAUCACCAACACGGAGAGGUUCUCCAACAUGUACCUGCCCAUGCUCUGGUUUGAUAUCAGAAUGUACAGUUUAACGCCGUCGUUGGAGCAAAGAUUCAACUUGUACCUGAACGUGCUGCCCGUCGUGGAGAAGUGUGCGAUGUACGUCUGCUUCGUACUCGGCGCCGCUCUCAUCUUCAUCACCACGUACAUUCUCACCUUCAAGAUCAUGUUCAAAAGUUACAAAAAUAAUCAAAACAGAAAAUGUAACUUCAACUUCAAAACCAAUCUUUGGUUCAAUCAGGAGAAAACUAAUAACAAAAACGUCUGCAGGGAUUCUGUGUACGCUCCCUGCGAGAUACCACUCAACGAUACGGAAUCGGAUAGUUCCGAUCCGCAAUUCGAAGACAAAAAGCCGAGUUUCAUAAAAACUCACAGCGAGAAAAUCAAAGAACUCGGCAACAAACUGUCUGAUAAAGUUCACGGGUCCGUCGGUAACGUUAAAGGUACCAUAAAGGAUGAAAUAUCUCAAGUGAAGAAAGCAAUGAACGAACGAAAGAAUUCUUUAAUAAGUCCGGACUCGGAGAGAAGCGAUUCGGGCGAAGACGACGAUAACUAUGCCCAUUACAAACCAGUUAACCAAAGCGACAGCGACGAGGACUGCAAGUACCUGGAGGUGAUAGACGACGGCGCCGAGUUCGACUCCUCGUCCGCGGAGUGCGAGCGACGCCGCGGCGCCGCGCACAGCAACCAACUCUACAUUAACAUCGGAUAAUAUCGUAGGACUAAAUAACUUGCCAGUUCUAGACUGUUGUUGAAAGUGAACGUGGAUUUAAAUAAUUCAGUGUCGUUACUUAGUGUUUGUACAACGUUAGCAUUUACUAAGAUUCAACUAAAUAUGUAUUCUGUGUUCGCUUCGAACUAACCAAAUAAUCAUCUGAAUGAAAAGACGCGAUCCAAAUAUCAGAUUGAAGAAUAAAUUGUGUCGAGUGAAUAAGUGUUGGACGAAAUAUCUUCUGUAACUUUGAUGAGUGGCGACAUCUUCAGCUCCACAGAUGAUAUAGCGAAAAAAUAUUUGGUUUUACAAAUAUUAUUGAGCGUAAUAUUUAUUAUAAUAGUUGUUACAUCAUUAAGGGCCUGUC